AUAGCGAGCAGCUCGGAAGGAAUUGCUUAACUAUCCAGUUAAAUUUUCAGAGAAAAGUAAAAGACUUAUAGUAAACAAUCCGAGCGGUUCGUGAAACAUUCAGGUAUUUACGACAUCGCAAUUGUUUCGGAUAUAAAAUACAUUCAUAUAACCUGAAAGAGGAAAGCUGAUGAUGCGGGCACGUUCUGAGAAAAGGGGGAAUGUUUGAAGCUGGAAAUGAGAUAUAAAUUAUAUAGGCCUCUAAAAUGCCAAAUCUUCUACUGUAUAUUUUCUUUGUGGAAUCUGGCGUUUGGGCAGAUUCGUUAUUCAAUUCCUGAAGAACAACAACUCGGCGCCUUUAUUGGGAAUGUUGCUGUGGAUUUGGGUUUAGAUGUAAAGCAGCUGUCGGCCCGCAAUUUACGGAUUGUGCACGGUCCAAGCACACAAUAUGUUGAUAUCAAUUUAGACAGUGGUAUUUUAUUUGUGAAGGAAAUAAUUGACAGAGAAAAGAUUUGCGGGCCGAGCUCCAGUUGCGUGCUAUUCUUGGACGUUUUCCUUGAAAACCCAUUGAAGCUGUAUCAGUUUGCAGUGGAUAUUUUCGAUAUAAAUGAUAAUGAGCCCAGUUUCCCUAAUAGACAAUUGCACCUUGAAAUUUCAGAGCUUUCUACACCAGGAACGCGUUUUACCCUCGAGUCCGCGCAUGAUUUGGACGUUGGAACCAACUCAGUGCAAAACUACGAGCUCCUUCCGAACGAUUAUUUUAUUCUUGAUGUACAAACGCGCAGCGGUGAAGGAAAAUUGCCGGUAUUAGUACUGCAGAAUGCUUUGGAUAGAGAAACGGAAUCCAGCCACAGUUUAACGCUAAUCGCAAAGGACGGCGGAGUUCCGGUGAAAUCGGGUACGGUUCAGAUAACAAUCCUUGUUAAGGACACAAACGACAACGCCCCUGUCUUCCCCCAGUCAGUUUACAGAGUCAGCCUAUUGGAGAAUGUAACCACAGGAACGCAGGUAAUCCUAUUAAAUGCCUCUGAUUCAGACGAUGGUUCCAAUGGAGAGAUAACCUACUCGCUCAGUAGCUACUGUUCGGCCAAGGCUCGGGAAAAGUUUGCCGUGAAUCCCAAAACCGGUGAAAUCCGAGUGAAAGGGAACCUAGACUAUGAAGAAAACAAAGCGUUUGAAAUUAACAUACAAGCUGCAGACGGAGGUCCUGAUGCUAUGUCGGGGCACUGUGAUGUUUUGGUGAAUAUUAUUGAUGUGAAUGAUAACCCACCUGAAGUGAAGUUGACGUCUUUGUUGAGUACAAUUUCGGAAGAUGCGCCAGUUGGGACUGUAGUCGCUCUGUUCAGUGCAGCAGAUAAAGAUUCGGGGAGAAAUGGGCAGAUACAAUGUCAAAUAUCAAACAAACUACCCUUCAGACUAGAUUCUUCAUUGAAGAAUUAUUAUGGAAUACUUGUUCAACAUUCAUUGGAUCGUGAAAUUAUCUCUAUGUACGACAUUGCAAUUACAUGCAUGGAUGCAGGAAAUCCAUCUCUUACAUCCGAGAAAACCAUUCGCGUAGAGGUUUUAGAUAUAAACGACAAUGCGCCACAGUUGACGCAGUCUUUACACACAGCAAACAUAAUGGAGAACAACGUUAUUGGAGCUUCUAUAUUUUCCGUUGCUGCCUUUGAUCCGGAUAUUGGAGUGAACGCUCGACUGAAAUACCUAAUUCUGAGGACUGAGGUUCACAACGCUGCGGUAUCCAAUUACGUCUCUAUUAACCCAGAGACGGGCGUCAUAUUCGCUCAGCAAUCGUUUGACUACGAGCAACUGAAAAACUUUCAGAUUCAAGCUCAGAUCAUGGACUCUGGGACACCACCUCUCGCAAGCAAUGUAUCAGUGGAUGUUUUUAUUCUUGAUCAGAAUGAUAAUGUUCCAGUCAUUGUACAACCAUUAGCGGAAUUUGGGUCAACAGCAGUUGAUACAAUAUCCAGGUUUGCAGAACCAGGCUAUUUGGUUGCCAAAGUAUCGGCCACUGACGCUGACGCCGGUCAGAACGCUCGCCUCUCUUAUUCCAUUUUUCAAGCUACCCAGCAUGGGCUUUUUACUAUUUCACCAAACAGCGGGGAAAUUUGGACUAUCCGUCGUAUUGCGAGCAAAGAUGCCUCUAAACAAAGGUUGGUGAUUCUGGUAAAAGAUCAUGGAAUACCAUCAUUUUCUGCCACAGUGACCAUCACCUUAUCUGUGGUUGGUGGUGACACUGAAAGAUUGUCCAGCGUCAGUGGCUCGUCUGAUGUUCCCGAAUCCACUCCUGAUCUGAGCAUUUCCUUGGUCAUCGCUUUCGGUGUAAUUUCUUGCACGUUACUAGUGAUUUUAAUUAUCCUCGCUGUGAAGGUCUAUAGAGACAGAAAUGCUUUGAGUAAUCAGCACUGCUCUCUGGGAUUCUGCUGUCGCUUUGACACCAGACAUUCUGUGAAUGAAAUUCAAAAAACCAGUAGAAACCUUCGGAUACCCCCAAAUUAUGUUGAGGUAUUUGGGGGAGAUCCACUUUCGCAAAGUUUUCGUUAUGAUUCAUGUUCAACAUUGCAUUCAACAAGAAGAGACUACAAAACUGCCAAUACAUGCAGGUCGUAUACAGACAAGAAUUUUGUUCAGAAUGAGUCUCUCGGGAAAGAAAGCACGAAAGUGGUUAAUUCUGAAUAUAACAGCCAAUCUGUAAACAACGAGAUUGAACGGUAUGAACGGUCAAAUGGUAAAAGCAAUCGCCCUGUUCUGGAGAUUUGGAGAUACUUCCAACGAGAUUAG